UUGUGGAAGAGGCUGGAAGGAAUGCGGCCCGGGGAGUCGGGCGGCGGGGCGGGGCCGGGCAGGCGCCGCCUCUUACCUGGCCAGGUGGCUCGUAUUUCCCGGGAGCGCAGCAGCGCGAGUGGGAGCGCGACAGGGACAUGGCCGGGUAGAGCGAGACCCGGCGCCCGCGGCAGCAUGAAGAAGAGCCCGGCGGUGCAGGGCACCCUGAGCAAGCUCUUCGGGAAGAAGCACGCCAGCCCCGCCUCCACGUCUCUCUAUGCCACCAACCCGCCCUGGAUCUUCACGCAGGAGGCCCCCGACGAGGGGACCCGGGACUUCGAUGGCAUCUGUUACAGGGAUGCUCGCUUCGACACCGUCAGUGAGUCUGGGACUGCCACGCUGAAGGCCCGGCCCCGCGUGCGGCCCCUGCUGACCUUCCUGCCGCUGAAUGCCCAGGAGAGCCAUGGGCUGGCUGUGCCCACCCCCUCUGUCCCUGAAGAUUUUGCAGACAAAGGUGAGACAGGGGGCAGCUCGCUGGUCAACGGCAGCCUCCGGCUCUACAGCUCUGUGGGGGACCUGAGGCCCGGACCCUAUGGCCAGGACACACUCAUCCCCCCUCCUCCCCCAGGCCCAGCCCCAGGGCCACCCCAGGACUUGCCACAGCCUACAGGGGAGACCCCACCACCGCCCCCUUCCACAGCUCCCCCACCUCCUCCCCUGGUGGUGGAACCCCCACCGCCACCCCCACCCACCCCGCCGUCCACACCCAGCCUGCCCGACUUCAUCCCACCCGCGCCUCCCUUGGCAGUUCUGGCCCCCCCGCCACCCUCUGUGCCGGCCCCAUCCCCCCCAGUUCCUGCAUCUCCUCACACAGAGGGGACUCACCUCUUUCCCCCUGGGGGGGUCACUAAGUGGACACCAGAGGUGGCCCUGAAUGGCAGGCAGCCAGAAACCCCCAAGAUUAGCCCCCCUAGGAGCCCUGCUGAGCUGAGGAGACCAUACCCUGAGACCCACCUCACCGUCCCCCGUUCAUCCAAGGUCCCUCCCCCAACCCCGGUCCGGACCUCAUCCAUCCCAGCUCUGGAAGCCCAAGGGGCUGCCCCAGAGGAAGAGGGCGCCCUUCAGAAGGCCCCCGGCCGCCUCCCACUGCCCCCCAGCUUCCACAUCCGCCCUGCAUCCCAGGUGUACCCAGACAGGACCCCUGAGCCAGACCACUCUAGGGAGCCCGGGGCCGGGGCUCCACACAGCCCAAGACUCAGCCAGGCCAAGGCCCCCACAAAUAAACCAGUUAGGCCUCCGCCACCUCCCCCAGCACCUCCACUUCCUCCCGCCGCACCCCCUCUACCCCCUCCACCCCCUCCACUGCCUUCUGCUGAGCAGGCAGCCCCCGCAGUAGCUGGUUUCCCCAAACUCCCCAAAUCCAGCUUCCCAGCUCUCAAACCCACGCCCAAGUCCAAACCUAAACUCCCCGCCCCAGAGCCCGUGGCCUCCUCAGAGCCCAAAGAUUGGCGAGAUCCCGGGCAGUUGGAGCAGCUGCGGAGCCAGCUGGCAGCCUAUUUCUGUGGGCCCAAGAGGGAGGACAGAGCCCUCGGUCCCAGGCCGGGCCCCGCAGUGGCCGCUCAAGACAAGGAGGGCAAGAAGAGCCCGAGUCCCCCAGGGGAGGCGACCUCCCAAAGCCUGCCUGACAAGACGCCCUUGGGAGUCCCUGAGAAGAGUCCCAGCCUGCCCCUCCCGCCUGUGGACUAUGACCUCCAGGACACCCCCAUCCCCAGUGUCCAGCAGAUCCGGAAGGAGCUGGAGGCCCGGCUGUCUGCAUCUGCAGAGAAGGACGCCAAGCCCAGCGUGGGCUCUCUGCCUCCCAAACCUCAGCUAGAAGGAGGACGCGGCUUGGUCAAGGAGACCAAUGAUGGCAAAUUCCCUAAGCCUGUGGCCAAGGAUCCGCCGCCUUGCUCCACCACACCACUGCAGUCCACGGCCACCGCUGGGCCAGCUGCUGCUCCCAAGGGCACCCCUGGGCUGGCCACACCCCUGGCCACCCUGAAGCCCACCAUGCCAUCCCACCCGAUGGCAGAGAAGGAGCCAGUUCCAGCUGAGCGAGGCGGGCAGCAGGAGCAGCCGGAACCUCAGGAAGGCCCAGCGCCCUCCCAGCCACGGUCAGAAGCACCUGCGACAGGGGUCACCGGGCCACUGGCACCCAAAACAUCACUGGGCCAGGAAGAAGUGCGGCUCCUUUACAAGCCCCACGGCCACCAGAGCAGCCCCAGCUGCGAGGCUGCCACAGGGAGGCCCACGCUGGCCAGAGGAGCGGCCACAGGUCCAGCAGGGCCUGUGGAGCUGAGGGGACCUCAGGACCGGCCGGCCGCACCCCCAGGCCCGUCCCCGCCUGCUGACCAACUGCUUCGGCACCCGGUGACUGGGGAGGUGGUGGAGCGCGGGUCCCCCAUGGCCCUGCUCCUGGCAGCCAGGCAGAGGGCACAGAAGGGGCGGCCUGGAGGGGUUGCCCAGGGCCGGUCCUCCCUGCCUGGGAGCCUUCGAGGCCGCGGCAGCCCGCCAGAGCCCAGGUCAGACGGCGUCUUCCACACAGACUGCAAACCCUACUCCUUCACGGUGGUCCCCAAGGAGGCAGAGAAGGCCAUCCUGCUGCCCAGGUCAGCACAGCCUGCGGUGCCCGGUGAGCCGAAGCCCCCAGAGAGCACAGAGCCAGCCUCGCUGCCUCGGUGGACAGCAACGCAGCCCCACACCCCCGGGGGGACCUGGGACAGGCCCGUCCCCUCCAGCCUCCCCCAGGACCCCUUGCUUCCCAGGUCCCUGUCCUCGCCGCCCUCGCCUUUCUGCAGGAGGCAAGACGAGGAUGAGGAGGAGUUCACUUUCGAGGUCAUUCCACCACCGCCAGAGUUCAGCAACGACCCUGCGCCCUCCGCCCCCAGGGACCUGGGGCGGCCGCCCGCCCUGGCCUUCCCGCGCGCCCUGGCCUUCCCGCGCGUCCCGGAGCGCGGCUCACCCGGGGGCCGCUCGCUCAUCAAGAAGCGGCUGUACAUGGGUGAGCCACCCCGCGCCCCCGGGCCUGGCCGCAGCCAGGGCGCCCCCAACGGCCCCGCGCCGCUCCGCAUCCCCUCGGCCGGACGAACACACCCUGCUGCCAUCCACAGCCGGCGGAUGUCGCUAGAGGGCGCAGUGGCACGGGGCACGGGGGACGCCAAGUACAGGAUGCCUGGGGACACAGCCGGGGAGCACUGCCCCUCGCCCGCCAUGGGCAGGUCGCACAUCAACACGUUCACCGUGAGGCCCGGGACGCGCCAUCCCAUCUCCUACGCCUACCCGCGUGCCCACCGGAAAACCAUGUCCUGAGCCCUCGCCCGCAGCUCCGCUCCGAGGGGCCGGGCCUGGGAAUCUGUCACUGUGGGGGGUGGGAGGGUCAAAGCCGGUGUCAGACAGCCUGAUCCGGACGCGGAGGAGUCUUCGUUCCCCGAAAACAGACAGAUCUAACCACAGCGGAGCCCAGGGAGGCUGUUCCCAAAGCUCCGUGUGGGCGCGGCUGGGGACCCUGCAGAUGUGGGUGGGGAGGGUGAAGAGGGAGGAGAGGGGCAGUCUCGCAGACCCUGAGCCUCCGCUCCCUGGGACUCUUUGCUGUACUGAGAUUCACUGAGAGCAGUUUCUCAAGCGCCGCCUACUGACCAGGUUCUAAGA